UAUCAAUUCUCGGAAAGGAUGAAGAUUUACGAGUCUCUGUAAUACCCUUUGUUCUUCUUGCUCUCCUCAAGCGACCGGUGAUACGAAUUCCUCGGCGUCACUUAAUUUUGUCUUUGGCGCAUAUGGGUUGCGCCUGCCGCCGACUCAGGUACGGGAGGAGGAGGGAGAAGCAGCGGCCGCUGAAUUUAUAGUAUUGCUCGGCUCCAUAUAGUGGUAUGCAAUUCUGUCUUCAAAGGUAUAUACCCAAGGCAGACACAGCGAUGCGUCUUCCUCCUGAGCUUACCGACAUCAUUAUCGACGAGCUCAGUCACGACCGUGGGGCACUGAGGUCAUGUUCUUUCGCAUGCAAAGCCUUCCUCCCUCGGUCACGGGUUCAUUUGUUCCAUCAUGUUACGUUGACGCUGUCUUCCGAUAGCAGACGCUUUUGUGACCUUCUCUCGGCCGUGUCGCUCAUUGCUCCACUUGUGAAGUCAUUGAAGAUCGAGGAAGGCAAAAAUGACAGAGAUUGGUCGUUCUGGUCAGCCGCUCAUGACUGCCAAUGGGUGUGUGAUGACCCUGUCCUCCCUAUCAUCAUAUCCUCUCUGCCAAACCUCGUCUCCUUCACCAUCAGCGCAAUAUACCUCCGUGCCACCAGCCGUCUAUCGUUCUCGCACACGCUUUCCACCAGAACAACCGGUCUGACCACUCUCAACAUUGAUUGCAUGCACUUUGACAAUCUCCUCGAUUUGCUCGAUAUGCUCGCGGCGUUUGUCAACCUCAAAACUCUUCGCCUAGGGACCAUCAGCACCACGGCUCCUUUCUUUUCGAAUGCAGACCGCCUGCCACUAGGUAUCGAGGAAAUCGAAGUCGACAUGGAAGGGAGUUCGGAAGUGAUUGAGAUGUUUUUGCUCCGCGUUCGGCUAAAGAGGCUGAAAAGGUUGAGCGUGACGAAUGUGCAGAACAUGGAGGUUCUCAGCUUGCUCAUAGAGUUGACCCGCGACUCUCUGGAAGCUUUGAAAAUGGAGUUACCAAUAGAAUAUGCAAAUCGGUAUUCCUUGCUAGAUACGAGCCAUCUCGAGUCGUUGUCAAUCAAAUUAUCGACAUGUUCGGUGAUGGAUUGGUGGGUAAAGGGAUUCAAGACGGAAACUCUGGGUUUGAUCAUGCUGGUUGCGGAGAAUUGCGACCUUUUGUUGAACUCGGGGUGACGCGGUAGUCAUCCCAUGGACUUGAUGCUAUUACUGUAUUUAUCUCUGCUACCAUUUGCAAGAGGCUUCGUCUGCUGAAUCGCGGUAUUUCGGUGGUUUCCACGAUUUUUCAGCUCUCGUGAUUUACGAUACUUCGGGUGGUGUAUCUAGCAAUAGAAUAUAGUACCUUGUAGGUGAAAUCAAUAUAUAAUUACAACAAAUUUUUGCAUGAA